CUCUCACGAGCUAGAUAACUACCAGCCAGCUAGCCAUCGAGCCAAGUCCAAGGACCAAGCAGACUAACGACUAAUCAUGGCCAAGCUCUGCGCCGUCCUCCUCGCCGCCUGCGCCGCCCUCCUGGCGCUCGGUGCCGCGCCGUCGCUAGCCGGCGACCCCAACAUGCUCCAGGACGUCUGCGUCGCCGACUACAUAUCCCUUCAGGGCCCGCUGAGGGUGAACGGAUACCCGUGCAAGCGUGCGGAGAACGUGACGGCCGACGACUUCUUCUAUGGUGGGCUGGCGAGCGCGGCCGACGUGUACGGCGGCGGCAAUCCGAUGGGCUCCGUGGUGACCGCGGCGGACGUGGAGAGGCUCCCGGGGCUGAACACAUUGGGCGUCUCCAUGUCCCGCAUCGACUACGCGCCCUGGGGCGGCACGAACCCGCCUCACUCGCACCCGCGCGCCACCGAGAUCCUCUUCGUCGCCGAGGGAACCUUGCAGGUGGGCUUCGUCACGACCGCCGGCAGGCACAUCACCCGGGGCGUGCCCAAGGGCGGGGUCUUCGUGUUCCCGCGCGGCAUGAUGCACUACGAGAGCAGCGUCGGCGAGGCGCCCGCCGUGGCGAUCUCAGCGUUCGACAGCCAGCUCCCCGGCACGCAGAGGCUCGGCGAGGCGAUGUUCGGGGCGGCGCCGGGGGUACCGACGGACGUGCUGGCCCGGGCGCUGCAGACCGACGGCGGUGUGGUGGAGAACAUCAGGGCCAAGUUCCAGCCAAAGUAGGCCACGAGCACGUAGGUGCGCCGAGCGUAACACGCACAUUAAAGGCGUGUAAAAAAAAGCUUGCGUACGUGAUUUAGCGUGUGCUUCAUUUCGGCUCUUUGAUUGCACGGUAAAAGCCUGCGUACGUAAUAUUAUCACCACACGUCCUAUAUGUCUUCUCAUCUCGUCUGCCUUUUAGGUGAAAAGCGUCUUGUUAUUUUGUUCGUUGUUGAGCUGUAUGCAGGUAUCGAUGGUUUUUCGUAUGACGUCUUAAGUUUUAUUGCAAUAUGUUCGCACACGUGUAAUUGUAAUAAAUAAAUGCGUCCACGGGUGUUCAGUAACUCAG